AUGACAAAUAAUCAUUCGAAUAUAGAAUCAUUACGUACAGUUAAAUCUAAUGAACAACGUUUAAAAUCACUUGAUGAAUAUGAACGUGAAAAACAAAAUAAAAAACGUUUAAUAAAAGAAUCAUUAAAUAAUCAAAGUAAGACAAAACAUUUAAAAUUUGAUUCUGAUAAUGAAGAUGAUCAACCGAAAGAAUUUGUUGAAAAAAAAUUUCAAUUAUUUGAUGAUAAUGAAAUAUUAAAUGUUGAUGAACAUUUUAAUCAAAAAUCUCUUACAAAAAAAAAGAAAAAAUUACAAGAUCUUCAAGCACGUUUAACAACAACAAAUGAUCCACGAUUUAAAUUGUCAGAACAAUUUCUUGAUGAUCAUCAUAAAACAGUUGUUGAUGAUGAUGAGGAUGAUAAUGAUAAUGAUAAUGAUAAUGAAAAUAAUAAUGAUAUUUCAAUUGAAGAAGAAAAAAAGAACUCUCUUGCAAUACUUGAUCAAAUAACAAAUGCUAAAUCUUCUAUAUCAAAUAUUAAAUCAUCUAUAGCAAAACCUAAAACAAAAAUGAUUCGUUUUGAUCCCAGUAAAACUGAACAUAGAAUUUAUGAACUUGAUUCAGAAAUUGGAACUUCUGGUGAUAAUUUUAAUACUUCAGAAGAUAUUAAACCAAAAUCAAUAUUAAAACAAACUAAGGAAGCAAUACCGAUUAUUGAUUCAACACGAACCUAUGAAUUCGAUGAAACCAAAUUAAAAUCAAUGUUUAAUAAAACAUCAAAUUUAACAAAUACUUCGAGCGAGAAUGGUGGAUUUCAAUUUCAGUUUUUUAAUAAUAAUGAAUCCGUUACUUUACCUACACCAAAAAUAUCCUCAUUACCAAAACCAAUACCGAAUGGAAAAUCGAAAAUAUUUUUAAAUAAAGCCGAUGAUACAUCCAGUGAUGAAGAUGAUAAUGAAAAACCAUCUCUAUCAGAAGAUAAUGAAAUAAAAGAUCAAAUAACUAAUGAAACAUUCUUUUUCUUUGAUAUUGAUGAUCGAUUAAAAGAUGGUUUAGAAAGUUUUGUGCGUACUGAAGAUUUAAAUGAACUUGAACGAACAUGGCCAACAAAACGAAAAGAAAUAGGCGAAGCUCUUCGAACAAAACAUCGUAAAGCUAUACAAUGGAAAGAUAAGCAUCGAGUAUUUAAUCAUCGUCGUCGACAAAAACAAUAUUCUAAAUCGAAUAUUGACUAA